AUGGAAGACCACAGAAGCGAGCUGCCCAACGGUCACCAGCCGUCCACUGAUCUAUCGGAAUACACUGCCCUCAAUCGCUUCAUCUCCACCACGACCACCGCCAGUCAUGCCGCGUCGGCAAGCGACAAGGGCUCUGCCGAGCCCGCUUCGCACCCACCCUGGUGGAAAUUCUGGCAGCGGUCCCGCGACAGCACAGACGAGAAGAGUGGCGGGCCCUUCCAGACUCCCUCAGAGUGGCUGGAUACGGACAUUUCGUCGGGUCUAUCUGAAGCCGAGGUCGAUGGACGGCGCAAGAAGUGCGGAUGGAACGAACUGGCUAGUGAGAGCCCUAACAAGCUGCUUCAGUUCAUCGCUUACUUCCGGGGCCCGAUUCUGUAUGUGAUGGAACUCGCCCUAUUCCUCGCGGCUGGCCUACGUGACUGGAUCGAUUUUGGCGUGAUCAUUGGGAUCCUCAUGCUGAACGCGAUCGUUGGGUGGUAUCAAGAAAAGCAGGCCGCGGAUGUGGUCGCCAGCCUGAAGGGUGACCUCGCCAUGAAGGCAACGGUGGUGCGAGAUGGAGAAGAGAGAGAGAUCUUGGCUCGUGAGGUAGUCGUGGGUGACAUUCUCAUUCUGGAGGAAGGCAAUGUCAUCCCUGCGGAAGCACGGUUGAUCUGUGACUAUAGCGAGCCCGAUACCUUUGCUGUAUACCGAGAAAAGAUGGCGCAAGAGGGAGAAGACCCUCUGCAUGAGGAGGGAGAAAGCAGCGACGAUGAGCACAAGCAUACUGAAAAAGCGAUCGUUGCCGCAGACCAGUCGGCGAUCACCGGCGAAUCUCUCGCAGUCGACAAAUUCAUGGGCGAUAUCUGUUACUACACCACCAGCUGCAAGAAAGGCAAAGCGUAUGCCAUGGUAACCGCCUCGGCGAAAGACUCCUUCGUGGGGAGAACCGCAUCGCUGGUCCAAACUGCCAAAGACCAGGGCCACUUCAAAGCCGUGAUGGACUCCAUCGGGACCACACUGCUGGUGUUGGUGAUGUUCUGGAUUCUUGUGGCAUGGAUUGGCGGCUUUUACCGCCACCUCCGUAUCGCCACCCCCGAAGAUGACGACAACAACCUCCUAUACUGGACAUUGAUUCUGCUGAUCGUCGGAGUGCCGGUAGGACUGCCCGUGGUGACCACGACCACACUGGCCGUGGGCGCUGCUUUCCUCGCCCGCAAGAAGGCCGUGGUGCAGAAGCUGACCGCGAUCGAGUCGUUGGCCGGCGUGGAUGUACUCUGUACGGAUAAGACCGGCACUCUGACGGCUAACAAGCUGUCGGUACGCGAGCCCUACGUCGCGGACGGAGUGGAUGUGAAUUGGAUGUUUGCGGUUGCCGCCAUUGCAUCCUCGCACAAUACGCGCAAUCUCGAUCCAAUCGACCGGGUGACCUUGCUUGCGCUGCGCCGGUAUCCCAAAGCGCGUGAGAUGCUGUCUCGUCCGUGGGUCACGGAGAACUUCACCCCAUUCGACCCGGUGUCGAAGCGCAUCACCACAACCUGCACGUGUGAGGGGGUGCGGUACAUCUGUGCGAAGGGGGCGCCGAAGGCGAUCAUCAAGCUCGCAGGCUGUCCCAAAGCCGAAGCCGAGCAAUACAAGAACAAGGCCCAAGAGUUUGCGCUUCGCGGGUUUCGCUGUUUGGCCGUCGCUGUUAAAGAAGGUGACAAGGAAUGGCAGUUCCUGGGACUUUAUCCUAUGUUUGACCCGCCGCGCGAGGACACCGCGCAGACAAUUGCGGAAGCGCAGAACUUGGGGUUAUCUGUUAAAAUGCUGACUGGAGACUCGACCGCCAUCGCGAAAGAGACGUGUAAGAUGCUUGCCCUGGGGACCGAGGUAUACAACUCCGAACGAUUGAUUGGGUCGCCCCAUCAUGAUCUGGUGGAGCGGGCCAACGGCUUUGCAGAGGUUUUUCCGGAGCAUAAAUAUCAGGUAGUCGAGUUGUUGCAAAAGCGAGGCCAUUUGACUGCGAUGACGGGCGAUGGAGUAAACGAUGCCCCUUCCAUGAAGAAAUCCGACUGCGGAAUUGCUGUUGAAGGCGCCACCGAGGCAGCCCAGGCAGCCGCAGACAUUGUCUUUCUGGCACCCGGUCUGAAUACGAUUGUGGAUGCAAUCAAAGUGUCGAGGCAAAUCUUCCAGCGAAUGAAAGCAUACGUGCAAUAUCGGAUUGCCCUCUGCUUGCAUCUCGAAAUCUACCUGGCCACCUCCAUGCUCGCGAUCGAGGAAACCAUCCGGGCGGACUUGAUUGUGUUCUUGGCUCUAUUUGCAGACCUGGCCACUAUUGCAGUGGCAUACGAUCAUGCACACUAUGAGCCACGGCCGGUUGAGUGGCAGCUGCCACGCAUCUGGGUGAUCUCGGUGGUACUCGGUGUGCUGCUGGCAGCCGGCACGUGGAUCAUGCGAGGCACAAUGUUCCUAUCGAAUGGGGGGAUUAUCGAGAACUGGGGACACCCACAGGGCAUUCUGUUCCUGGAAGUGGCGUUGACCGAGAAUUGGCUGAUUUUCGUCACGCGAGAGGCCCAUACGUGGCCUUCCUGGCAGCUGGUGGGCGCCAUUCUAGGAGUGGACAUCAUCGCCACCCUCUUCUGUGUGUUUGGGUGGCUCACGGGGGGCGCAUUCGAGCAGACGAGCCCUUCCGACCCGGCCACUUUCUCUGAGGGCCCGACGAGCAUCGUGACGGUGAUCGUGGUGUGGGGGUUUUCGAUCGGGGUGAUCAUCGUCAUCGCCACCGUUUAUUAUCUUCUCUCGCGGAUUACAUGGCUGCAGAACCUCGGACGGGCCUCUCGUUCCAAAGAAGAGAUAAAGAUGGAGCGAUUCCUCGAGCAGCUAUUCAAGCUUACGGUGGAACGAGAGAAGGAUCCUCAGUCUGAGAAUCCGCGGUAUGUUCUGAAGACUCGAACGGAGGAUAUCGAUGCGGACGAUUAG